GCAGCGAGCCUGGCCGGCCGCGGGCUCCGGUUCCCCGGCCACGCGUGAACGUGCGCGCUCAGCCGGAGCUGCCAGGGCCGGGACUUCAGCGGAGAGGGGCGCAAGCGCUCUGGCCAGCCCGGGAGUGUCCGGGCGGGCCGCCGAUCCCGAGUUUUAUUUUAGUUGGUGUUUUGAGUCAUUAUAGAGAACACUGAACUCUGAAAAAGAUGCUAGAAACCAUAGACAAAACCAGAGCCCUGCAGGCAGCAGAGCGCUUGCAGAACAAGCUCAAGGAACGUGGGGAUGUUGCAAAUGAAGACAAACUGAGCCUCCUGAAGUCUGUUCUGCAGAGCCCACUCUUCAGUCAGAUUCUGAACCUUCAGACUUCUCUACAGCAGCUGAAAGACCAGGUAAACAUCACCACUUUGGCAAGUACAAAUGCUGACCCUGCCCACACACCUCAGCUCAGCUCCGCUGUGAUUCCCACUCUGCCAAGUGAAUCGCUUUUACUAUCUCCAAACAAUGGGAACCUGGAAGCUCUUCCUGGACCUGGCGCUCCAUCUGUCAUGGAUGGGAAGCCUGCCUUUGAGGAACUUGAUCAGCUCAUCAAAAAUAUGGCCCAGGGUCGACAUGUGGAAAUAUUUGAGCUCCUCAAACCUCCAUGUGGAGGCCUUGGGUUUAGUGUUGUUGGGCUCAGAAGUGAAAACAGGGGAGAGCUGGGGAUAUUUGUACAGGAGAUUCAAGAGGGCAGUGUGGCUCACAGAGAUGGCAGACUGAAGGAGACAGAUCAGAUCCUCGCCAUCAAUGGCCAGGUCCUAGACCAGACAAUCACACACCAGCAGGCCAUUAGCAUCCUGCAGAAGGCCAAAGACACUGUGCAGCUCAUAGUCGCCAGAGGCUCCUUGCCUCAGGUCUCCAGCCCCCGAAUUUCCCGCUCUCCAUCUGCAGCCAGCACAGUUUCAGCCCACUCAAAUCCAAUUCAUUGGCAGCAUGUGGAAACUAUAGAACUGGUAAACGAUGGGUCAGGUCUGGGAUUCGGCAUCAUAGGAGGAAAAGCAACUGGUGUGAUAGUCAAGACCAUUUUGCCUGGAGGAGUGGCUGACCAGCAUGGGCGAUUAUGCAGUGGAGACCACAUUCUAAAGAUUGGGGACACGGACCUGGCAGGAAUGAGCAGUGAGCAAGUAGCACAGGUCCUCAGGCAGUGUGGAAAUAGAGUUAAGCUGAUGAUUGCCAGAGGUGCUGUAGAAGAAACUGCAGCACCCUCCUCUUCGGGUAUCACCCUCUCCUCUUCUCUGGUUUCUACAUCAGAGAUGCGUGUUGAUGCAUCUACUCAAAAAAGUGAAGAAGGUGAGAUGUUUGAUGUGGAACUCACAAAAAAUGUCCAAGGAUUAGGAAUUACCAUUGCUGGUUAUGUUGGAGAUAAAAAAUUAGAACCUUCAGGAAUCUUUGUAAAGAGCAUUACAAAAAGCAGUGCUGUGGAACAUGAUGGAAGGAUCCAAGUUGGAGACCAAAUUAUAGCAGUAGAUGGCACCAACCUUCAAGGUUUCACCAAUCAGCAAGCAGUGGAGGUGUUACGUCACACAGGACAGACAGUGCGCCUGACACUAAUGAGGAAGGGAGCAAGACAGGAAGCAGAACUCACCUCUAGAGAAGACACUUCAAAAGAUGUGGACGUGCCACCUGGUAGUGCCACUGUAAGCAAAGAAAAUUAUGAAAAAGAUGAAGAGUCUUUAUCUAUGAGGAAAAAUCCCAGCAUAUUGCCGUUUGAAGAAGAAGGGUAUCCGUUGUUGUCAACUGAGCUGGAAGAAACAGAAGAUGUGCAGCAAGAGGCUGCCCUGCUGACAAAGUGGCAGAGAAUUAUGGGAAUUAACUAUGAAAUAGUGGUGGCUCAUGUGAGCAAGUUCAGUGAGAACAGUGGACUUGGGAUAAGUCUGGAAGCAACAGUGGGCCACCACUUCAUCCGAUCUGUUCUUCCAGAAGGCCCUGUGGGACACAGUGGGAAGCUCUUCAGUGGAGAUGAGCUAUUGGAAGUGAAUGGUAUCAAUUUGCUUGGAGAAAAUCACCAAGAUGUGGUCAGUAUUUUAAAAGAAUUGCCUAUAGAUGUGACAAUGGUGUGCUGCCGCCGAACUGUGCCACCCAACGCCGCAUCAGACUUGGAUGGCCUGGACAUAAGUGAACUUGAACUAACAGAAAAGCCUCAUAUAGAUUUAGGUGAGUUCAUUGGGUCCUCAGAGACAGAGGAUCCCAUGCUGGCAAUGACUGAUGUGGAUCAGCAUGCUGAGGAGAGUCAAACACCACUGGCCAUGUGGGAGGCUGGCAUUCAGUCCAUAGAGCUGGAGAAAGGGAGCAGGGGCCUUGGCUUCAGCAUUUUAGACUACCAGGACCCCGUCGACCCAGCAAGCACUGUGAUAGUAAUUCGUUCUCUGGUGCCUGGUGGCAUUGCUGAAAAGGAUGGACGGCUUCUUCCAGGAGACAGGCUCAUGUUUGUCAAUGACAUUAACUUGGAAAACAGCAGUCUUGAAGAGGCCGUGGAAGCCCUGAAGGGAGCACCCUCAGGCGUGGUGCGGAUAGGAGUGGCCAAGCCUUUGCCUCUUUCUCCAGAAGAAGGGUAUGUUUCUGCCAAGGAGGACGCCUUUCUCUGCCCACCACACUCCUGUAAGGAGCCAGGCCUGCCUGACAAAGCCCUCUUCAGGGCCGACUUGGCUCUGAUAGAUGCACCUGAUGCUGAGUCAGUAGCUGAGUCAAGAUUUGAGUCUCAAUUCUCUCCUGAUAACGACAGUGUCUAUUCUAUCCGGACCUCCGUGUUAUCUCUUCAUGAUAGUGCCUGUAGUGAUGGCAUGAACUACGGCCCCUCUCUUCCAUCAUCUCCUCCCAAGGAUGUGAUUGCCAGUUCUGACCUAGUGAUUGGUCUUCAGAUGUCCCUGGAAGAACUCUACACACAGAGCCUCCUGCAGGGACGGCAGGCCGCCUCUCCUCCCACAGACAUGAGCAUGGCGGCGCCUUCUGGUUUGGCCAUCAGUGACUACACACCUGCAAACGCUGUUGAACAAAACUAUGAAUGCGCAAACACAGGGGCAUGGACUCACUCACAGUUACCAAGUGGCCUGCGCACCACAGAGCUUGCUUCUGCACCGCCUGCUGUAGCUCAAAAGGGUUCCGAGUAUUUAACUGAACAGAGCUCUCUGACUUCUGAUGCUGAGUCUGUCCCUCUGCAAAGUAUGUCCCAAGAAGCUUUUGAGAGGACAGUUACUAUAGCAAAAGGCAGCUCUAGUCUGGGAAUGACAGUGAGUGCUGAUAAAGAUGGCCUGGGAGUGAUCGUGCGAAGCAUUAUUCACGGAGGUGCCAUCAGUCGAGAUGGCCGGAUUGCUGUCGGUGACUGCAUCUUGUCCAUUAAUGAGGAAUCAACCAUCAAUUUAACUAAUGCCCAGGCACGAGCCAUGUUGAGAAGACAUUCUCUAAUUGGACCUGACAUAAAAUUCUCUGCAGCACCUGCUGACGAUCGAGCCCCCUUUUAUGUAAUUACUUACGUGCCUGCAGAACAUUUGGAAGAGUUCAAACUAAGUUUUGGUCAACAAUCUGGAGGAAUAAUGGCACUGGAUAUUUUUUCUUCAUAUACUGGCAGAGACAUUCCAGACCUGCCGGAGCGAGAAGAAGGAGAAGGGGAAGAAAGUGAACUGCAGAAUGCAGCCUACAGCAGCUGGAGUCAACCCCGGAGGGUGGAACUUUGGAGAGAACCAAGCAAGUCCUUGGGCAUCAGCAUUGUUGGUGGCCGAGGGAUGGGGAGCCGCCUGAGCAAUGGUGAAGUGAUGAGGGGCAUUUUCAUCAAACAUGUCCUUGAAGAUAGUCCAGCUGGCAAAAACGGAACCUUGAAGCCUGGAGACAGAAUAGUUGAGGUGGAUGGAAUGGACCUCAGAGAUGCAAGCCAUGAACAAGCUGUGGAAGCCAUUCGGAAAGCAGGCAACCCUGUAGUGUUUAUGGUACAGAGCAUUAUAAACAAACCGAGGAAAUCCCCUUUGCCUUCCUUGCCGCACAACCUUUACCCUAAGUACAGCUUCAGCAGCACUAACCCAUUUGCUGACUCUCUGCAGCUCACCACUGACAAGGAGCUACAACAUUCAAGUCCUCUCGUCUCCCCUUGUUCCCCAACUGACCCUUUUGCUCCCACACCGUUGAAGGCACCCAGCCAGUCAGAAUCAGAGUCAGAGAAGGCUCCAUUGUGUGAUGUUCCUCCCUCCUCCCCUGCAGUGUUCUCAGAAAUGGGGAAUGAUUGUGCAGAACCAUCUGCAAUCACAGUCUCAGAAGAUGUAGACAAAGAGGAUGAGUUUGGUUACAGCUGGAAAAAUAUCCAAGAGCGUUAUGGAACCCUGACAGGCCAGCUCCACAUGAUUGAGCUGGAGAAAGGUCAUAGCGGUUUGGGUCUAAGUCUUGCCGGAAACAAAGACCGAACCAGAAUGAGUGUCUUUAUAGUGGGGAUUGAUCCCACUGGAGCAGCAGGAAGAGAUGGACGACUGCAGAUUGCUGAUGAGCUUCUCGAGAUCAAUGGCCAAAUAUUAUAUGGCAGAAGUCAUCAGAAUGCUUCAUCAAUCAUUAAAUGUGCUCCAUCUAAAGUAAAAAUUAUUUUUAUCAGAAAUGAAGAUGCAGUGAACCAGAUGGCUGUAUGUCCUGGAAAUGCAGCAGACCCUCUGCCUUCUCUCUCAGAAAGUUCUCAAAAUAAGGAGGUGGAACCAAGUGUUACUACUGCUGCAGCUGUGGACCUCAGUUCACUUACAAAUGUGUAUCACCUGGAGCUUCCCAAGGAUCAAGGAGGUUUAGGUAUUGCUAUCAGUGAGGAAGACACGCUUGGCGGAGUCGUCGUCAAGAGUCUAACUGAGCACGGGGGAGCAGCCAAGGAUGGACGGCUUAAAGCUGGAGAUCAGAUCUUGGCUGUAGAUGACGAAGUUGUCGCUGGAUGUCCUGUUGAGAAGUUUAUCAGCCUUCUGAAGACGGCAAAGACAACUGUGAAACUGACCGUUCGAGCUGGGAAUCCAACUUGCCAGGCUGUUCCUUCAACAGCUUCUGCAGACAGUGGAGAAAAGAAAGACAGUCCUCAGUCUCCUGCAGUCCCAGCUCUGGACCCAGAACCCAUCCCAAGUACAAGCAGGUCGUCGACACCAGCAGUCUUUGCUUCUGAUCCUGCCACAUGCCCCAUCAUCCCUGGCUGUGAAACGACGAUUGAGAUUUCUAAAGGGCAAACAGGACUGGGCCUGAGUAUUGUUGGGGGUUCAGAUACACUGCUGGGUGCUAUUAUUAUCCAUGAAGUUUAUGAAGAAGGGGCAGCAUGUAAAGAUGGAAGACUGUGGGCUGGAGACCAGAUUUUAGAGGUGAAUGGUAUUGACUUGAGAAAGGCUACGCAUGAUGAAGCGAUCAAUGUCCUAAGACAGACUCCACAAAGAGUACGGCUGACGCUCUAUCGAGAUGAGGCCCCAUACAAAGAGGAGGAUGUAUGUGACACCUUCACCAUUGAGCUGCAAAAGAGGCCAGGCAAAGGCUUUGGGUUGAGUAUCGUUGGCAAGAGAAAUGACACUGGGGUAUUUGUAUCAGAUAUUGUCAAAGGAGGCAUUGCAGAUGCUGACGGGAGACUGAGGCAGGGGGACCAGAUUUUAAUGGUGAAUGGAGAAGAUGUCCGUAAUGCCACCCAGGAAGCAGUUGCUGCCCUGCUAAAGUGUUCCUUAGGCACAGUAACCCUAGAAGUUGGAAGAAUCAAAGCUGGUCCAUUCCACUCAGAGAGGAGGCCUUCUCAAAGCAGCCAGGUGAGUGACAGUAGCCUGUCAUCCUUCACUCUCCCCCUUUCUGGAAUAAAUGCAUCUGAAUCAUUGGAAAGCAGCACGAAGAAGAAUGCACUAGCAUCUGAAAUUCAGGGAUUAAGAACAGUCGAAAUAAAAAAGGGGCCUGCUGACUCACUGGGAAUCAGCAUUGCUGGAGGAUUAGGCAGCCCACUUGGCGAUGUUCCUAUAUUUAUUGCAAUGAUGCAUCCAAAUGGUGUUGCGGCUCAAACCCAGAAACUCAGAGUUGGGGAUAGGAUUGUUACCAUCUGUGGCACAUCCACUGAAGGGAUGACUCAUACACAAGCAGUUAACUUGAUGAAAAAUGCCUCUGGCUCCAUUGAAAUGCAGGUGGUUGCUGGGGGAGAUGUGAGCGUGGUCACAGGUCAUCAGCAAGAGCUUGCCAAUCCGUGUCUUGCUUUCACAGGGCUAACAUCAAGCAGUAUAUUUCCGGAUGAUCUAGGACCUCCACAGUGUAAGACGAUAACACUAGACCGAGGACCAGAUGGCUUAGGCUUCAGCAUUGUAGGAGGAUAUGGCAGCCCUCACGGAGACUUACCAAUUUAUGUUAAAACAGUGUUUGCAAAGGGAGCAGCCGCGGAAGACGGGCGUCUGAAAAGGGGCGAUCAGAUCAUUGCUGUCAACGGGCAGAGUCUAGAAGGAGUAACCCAUGAAGAAGCGGUUGCCAUCCUUAAGCGGACAAAAGGCACUGUCACCCUCAUGGUUCUCUCCUGAACUGGCUGCCAGAGCUGAAGCAGCCCAGCCACUUGCUUACCUCCUGCUGUAACAGAGUGGAACUGUCCCCUGGACUUCCUAUGCUGUGUUCAAGGGGGGAAACUACAGGGGAAGAGAAACAUUUAGGGAUUUGUUACUGACAGCUGAGCACACUUUUUCUUUCCCCUUGCAUUUCAUGCUCCUAACCUCAUAGAGAAGGAAUAUUUACAUAGGUAAACCUCAUUUUUAUUUUUGAAGAUCUCUAACAAUUUAUAGUCACGUGGAAAAAAUUAUUAUGUGCUCAUCUUGGUAAUAUGGAAACAAAAUAACUCAAAGGUAGCCAAGAGAAAUAGCUUCAGAAAAUUAGGAUAAAAAGUAAAAAUUUCCGCCCCAAAAAAGGAGACAAUCGUGAGUUUUAGAAAAGUGCCCCAAUCUGGCAGACCCCCGCCCCCAAAAAAAUGUUCACAAUAAUCUUGACUAGUCUACUAUUUUAAAACUGUGAACAUUAUAACAUAUUGGAUCGUCUUAUCUCUAAUAUAUAUUUUUUCUGCUAACAUUGUUUACUAAGCUUUAAAAAGAAAUUGUGUCUAAUGUGUAUCUUGGUAUUCAUUUUCAGUUUUUGACCUGCUAUAAUUUCAUGUCAUUAUAAGUACAAUAAUGAUGCUACCCUGUGUUGGCAGCAGUUCUUCUGGAAAGCAACCAUCUAGCCAUGGAAGACAUAGGAAGGAGCCAGAACCUUCUAGCGCUGACUUAACAGAUUGAAAAUAUGUUAGUGUGGUGUGCUUGUUGUUUUUCCAUUAGUAUUAAUCUUAAUGACAAAGAAAAAGGCAGUAUGUUAGUAAUUAUUUUGAUUGUAUGCCAUUAAUAAAUUUACAGAAAAAUUAAGGGGGUUAACAUCACUUCACUUCACUGCCGUGUAUUAACAUCUUAUAAUACAAUAGUUUAAGACUAAGGGGAACAGAUGGAGCUGUUUACUGAGACAACUGGUGAGGAAUUAUCAUGUGUUCAGUCCCAUUUUAGAGCGUGAAACUCCUACAUUAGAAUAUAUAAAGUCACUUUAAAUAUUAUCUAUAUUUGUAGCAAAAGUAGUGUACAGAUAUUUUAUUAUAACAUUCUUGUGUAAAUGUAAAGUGAAUAAAUAAGUUUCUGUGGUGCACAACAAAAAAGCAGAUGCUUUCCUUGUUCUUUAUGUUGGGAAAAAAAGCUUUAUUAUUCAAGAUUUACUGUUUUCUAUUAUCGAGUCUCACCAUAGAUGCAAUUUAAAGAACUCUGGACAACAUCUUUGUGCAAACCUCAAUGUUCUUACCUCCACAAUGUUUCCUAACAGCAGAGAUUUAAAAACUGCUCGUGAGCUGGGGAAGACGACAUAGGAAAAGUGUUCCAUUGAUGUUUUUCAGGGAUGUUACAAAUACAGUCUUAUUACUGUACAGUUUAUAGACUGCUAAAAUGCAUCCAAUGGAAAUUUUCAUACUGAACAAGGCCAGUUUGGAUGGAGAACAGAGUGAGAAAGCUCUGUCUGUGGAUUCUGUCUCAAAUUCACUAGUGAAAGUGCAUCCUUUCUUACUGGUUCUCUUUGUAAAAUGAUAGCUCAUUUUGUUGAAAAGCUUUGAGUUAAUUUUUCAAAUAUAAGAAAAUAUUUUUAUAUAAUCACCUUGUGAGUUUAGUUGUCCAUUCAAAACUCAAAAUGAAUGAACCAAAGUACAGAUUGUAACAUAUCUUCAGUCAGUCCUUGACAGCUGAGGUGGUUGGUUAGCAAAAUCCAUCUUUUCAUGCUGAUAACCUAUAGGUUUUUGGCCAUCUUUUAAUGACCCUCUCUCAUGAAGAUAUGGCUAAAUCCUUGCAUGGUAUACUAUGGAUGCUGAACUUAGCCACUUCUACAAGUUUAAAGUCAAAAAUAUUUUAAUAGGGGAUACUAGUAUCAGUACUGGGAAAAAGUCAAGCAAUCAAAUUAAUGUUUGAGGCAAUAUGUUGAAGGUACUACCCCUAGUCCCUGCCCCUAGAAAAGAAACAGGCAGGUACGUGUCUUCCACUUAAUGGUGUCCUAAGAAUCUAUACCCACCUGAAUCUCAGAAUUUAAUCUUUUUGCCAAUGUGGUUAAAGACAGGCUGUAUUAGAAUGGGUCCUGUCCUGUAAUUGUGACAACUCAGCCAUGUGAGCAAAGAUGGCCAUGUGAAGAUGGAGGCUAGGACAUCCGCCAAGGCACCCCUAGGACCAUCACCCAUAAAGGCAAGGGUUCAUUCUCAUGAAGUUCUUUAGGGGACAUCUUGAUUUCAAGUUCCUGACCUCCAGAAUUGUGAGAAAAUAAACUUAACUUUGUUUCAAACUACCAGUUGGCAGCACUUUAUAAAGGAAUCCCUAGAUAAUUAAUAAUGCACUUUAAUAUCAUGAGCUACUAUGAUUAGAUUUGUGUAACAGAAGAAAUUCUGAGCCUCUCUCAGUGAACAUGAGGAAGAGAAACACAGAUAAAGUUGAAAGGAAAAGAAUGUAGAUUCCACCAGCUUAGUAAAGAAGCAAAGGCACAUGCUUCUUAUAUUAUUCUUUGCUAUAAAUGUAUGUUUUAUGUUAUGGAAGAACACCCUUAGGCAAACAGUUUAAAAUUAAUCACAUAUUAUUAGUGUUGUAUAUGAUACAAGACAAUGGAUUGCCUAUAAAUUCAGUGUUACUGUUCAGUUAAACUUGGAGACUACCACAGACUUCUGGUGCUGUUCCUCAGUACUGCCAAGGGAUAAUUUUAGCAGUAAUGAUGUGUUAACUUCACACUGGCCCAUUUGUAGCAUCUGGAGUAAUAAGGAGAAUAACAAGUCAAAGAAAUUCGUGUAUCAGAAGAUUGAAUCAUGAUGGAGAAGACACAAUGAGUUCUUUUUCUUUUCCUUCAUUCCUUUUGUUUUGUUUUGUUUUUUUCUUCACCUUAAGAAUCCUGAGAAGGCAGAUGUUGACAGACUUGAAGAGAAGAAGGGAACUCUUCCUUGUCUGAGGUAGAUGGAUGGCAUUAAGCCCCUUUAGAUUUGCUCAGGUAGUUUGUUGUCUGAGUGCCAACACCCCUCUUCAGAUCUCCCAGCAAAGCUGGAGUUGAAAGGUUGCCUGCAGAGAGACAGGAGGGAUGGGCUUUGUGCUUGCUAUGUGGGAAUGUCAGAACUCUCAUCACAUGCUUCCCACAACCCGCUGUUGUUUCCAGUUCAUGACAGAUCUGGAAUGCAUUUGAUUUGUGCAAAGAUGUCCCUGGACUUUGUCUCCUAGGAAUUAAUGUUAAACUUUGCCCUUUGAAAGGGAGCUGUUUGUUAGGCUAGAUUGGUCUCCAGUACUUCAAGAGAUUAAAAAAAAAAUAAAGCUGUUGGUGCCAAGAAAAUGUCUAUAUAAAAGAGUAAGAGACCCAGGGAAAAUAAGUAUUCUUAAAAUGAUUUCUGUGUGCUUUACAUUUCAGCUUCUCUUGCCUCAAGAUAGAAGUAUUCCAAAUUGUCCAUUUCAUUGUAAACUACAGGCAAAAUAUUUGUGUAGGCCUUUGACGAUAAGCCAAGUGCUGGAACUUUAACAGUAGGCCCUAAGUGAAAUUCUGUCAGAGAGGUAAAUGUGUGGUAAUAAUCUCAGAAUUGUCCCAUUGAAAAUAUUUGAAUUUUAAAGCAUGGCACUCAGAAGACUGCCUUAGGCAUCUUAGUGGAGCAGGCUUCUCUUGGUUUUAGCACUGAGUAUGAUUUCUUAGGAGAGUCUGUCUGUAAUCCUGUGGGAAAGCUGCUCCAUGCCACUGUCCUGCCAUUCUUCUCCUUUUAUACCUAUAAUUUUGUCUUUUCACGGUGCCGCGAAGUUUCUUCAUGUUCCAUGUGUAUGUGUAAGAGUCUUGUAUUCUUUGCCAAUAAAGCAUUUUCUGAUACUCUGUCUUCUACCUGACCCAUUCUAUUUGUAAGGCUUUCCCCUGAGUUCCUGAGUUUUUCAAUUCCACCUUCAUUUCGGCUUCAGUUCUCUUGAAUAUUUCUCUCUCUUACAAAAUUUGGUUUUCUAGUCUGGAAUUGUCUUUGUCAUUUCAUUCAGCCCUGUGUUUGUGUAGCCAUGGACAUCGCUAAGGUGUUUAUUCCUAUCAACUUUAAGUUCAUUCAGCUGUUUCUUGUGUCAUUAAAUAUCCUGUGAGCCUUUCUCUCUUUCUCCUUACCGUGUGUGUUCAGAAAUAUACUUAUGUUUGGGAAAUACACAUUUUCUUCUUUCUAGAAAUGAUGAUUCUUGCCUGAGUCUAGCUGGCAGUACUACACAUUAACACUUCCAUUCCCCUAAAUGUCCUUAACUUAUAGGUACUUUAUUCCAUUCAGUAAAAUUUACAGGUUUACUUUAGUUUGGGAGAUUAAGUGAGAUAUCAGAAUAUAAAAUAUUUCUAUCAUGUCAAGAAUAAGCAAUCAAAAAUUAGAGUAGUUUGUACUUUCUUAAAAGAUACAGAACAAAAACAUUUAAUGUUUUCUUCAGUCUUCAAUUUUCAUUUUUUUUAUUCAAUAUUGUCUUUUUUCCUGUACACAAGUGAAUACAAAAGUUGGAUACAAAUCAACUUACAGAAAAUUUUCAAAAUUCCAGUGCUUUAAAAUCUUUGUAAUAUUUCCCUUGCUUUCAUAUACCUGCAAUAUUAAUUAUUAAUUUUCCCUUAUAAAUAUUAGUUAUUAUCCUGGUUAGUUUUAUGUCAGCUUGACACAGGCUAGAGUUAUCUGAAAGGAGAGAAUCUCAGUUGAGAAAAUGCCUUCAUAAAAUCUAGCUGUGGGGCAUUUUUAUUGUGACGGUGGGGGAGGGCCCAGCCCAUUGUGGGCGGUGCUAUAUCUGAGCUGGUGAUCCUAUGUUCUAUUAGAAAGCAGGCUGAGUGCACUCCUCCAUGGCCUCUGCAUCAGUUCCUGCCUCCAGGUUCCUGUCCUGUUUGAGUUCCUGUACUGACUUCCUUCAAUGAUGAACAGUGCUGUGAAAGUGUAAUCCAGACAAACCCUUUCCCCUGACAUGUUGCUUUGGUCAUGGUGUUUCAUCACCACAAUAGUAACCCUAACUAAGACAGUCCUUCAACUUAAAUUGUCUUGAGAGAAAUCUUAACUCACUACUUUGUCUGAGAAGUCAGUAUGACAAAAGUUCUACCUAGGAUCUAUUGUCUUAAGUUGAGGCAUGCUCUUUAUUAAAAAGGGAGAAUUGCUAUUGUCAGCAACUCAGUAGAGGCUUUCUGGUCUUAAGAAACUGAAAAUACUUUUCUCUUUCUGUGAUGCUGUAUUUGCUAGUGUGUGGGCCACCUGAAGUGGUGUGUUUCCCCCUUGAAAAAUUAUUCCAAUACAAAGAAAACUUUGUUGAUAGGAUUUUUGUUCUUCAGCUGUGAAAGCUAGCCAGUUAUUUCCUAGCUACAAAAAUUGCUUAAUACUGUUCAUGCUAUAAAGUGUUCACGAAGAUGAAUCAGGACAUGAUAUCUAUUGACUUAGUUUUGGCAAUCCUAAUUUGAAAUAAAGGAUGAAUGACAUACAUUAAUGAGGUAAAAUCAAUGCCGUGGUAAUAUUAAAUAAAACAAAUGCCUCUUGCACCUGGAGGGUUCUGCAGAUGGCAAGCUUUCUUAAUUGUGCACCCUGUUGCUUUUAAGAGUACUGAUAAAAAGUCUCUCAGCUGAGUAUACAGCGUGCACUUGCUGGCUCCAGAAAAAGUUGAGGGAGGCAACCAAUAUACAAGUCUUUUAUUUAAAAAAAAAAAGAAAAGUACAAUUCUUUAAGUGAGAUAUUUAUGCAAUUUUUAAAACAAGUCAUUACAAUCAUUGUGUUUAUCUUUCCUGUGAAUGUUGUGUCUGAAAAUGAUUUCCCUCAAGCCAGUAAGGAAUUGCUUAAAUGCAAGCAUGCUCUUACUAAAAGGAAUAAUGUUGGUAGAAUUCUAAAUAAGUUAAUUUUCUAGGUAUAAGUUAAACUGGUCAGUUAUUGAUAAGAUGUUUAUUAACCUAAUUCUUUAACAAGUAACUUCUCUAGAAAAAUAUCUUGCAAUAAUUAGAUUGUGUAUAGGCAAUGGUCUGCUAGAGGAUUUGCAAAAAACCUGAGCAUUUAAUCUACAUAUGCACUUGCGACACAUACACCACCAACUACUUCUUUUAAUUUCAGAGUGAUGGUUUAAAUUAUUUUAUUUAUUUAUUUAUUUAUUUAUUUAUUUUUGGUUUUUCGAGACAGGAUUUCUCUGUGUAGUUUUGUUUUGGUACCUGUCCUGGAUCUCACUCUGUAGACCAGGCUAGCCUUGAACUCACAGAGAUCCUCCUGGCUCUGCCUCCUGAAUGCUGGGAUUAAAGGCGUGUGCCAACACUGCCCAGCUAAAUAGCUUUUAUAAAAAUAUUUGGUAUGUGUAGUGGGUAGACAUUCCAUUAGAUUCAGGUUCUUUAGGAUAGGACACCUUUUGGAAUGAUCUUUGUAACAUGCCAUUUACCUAUGCUCUAUACUUCUCUGGAUUUUAGUAUGUGUUUCUUGCUUGAUAUUGUUUUCAUUGGUUGUAGUUCCAUCUUAUCUAGGUCAUUAUCCCUCAUUAUUCCUGGACAAUAUUUGAUAACCAUUCCUUUGUAUAUAGUCUUGUAUUAGGUUAGAACUUUCUUAUUUAGACAAAAAGGGGGAGAUGUAGUGGGUAGCCAUUCAAGCAUGGAUCUGGAAGUUCCAACCCCCAUUGAGACUUCGGCAACUGUCAUGCCUACAAGGCGGGGCCAAGGGAGGCGCCUGGGGACCCGAGAUCUGGAUCGGAGAGCGCGCUCUCGGUUGCGGGACCCUGGAUGGUGGAGGUGGCCCAAGCAGAGCUCCAGAGAACACCGCUGGACUGCGAUACACUUUCCCCAGACCCCGCGACCUACCUAUCCCUUAAUUUGUAAGUUACGCCAUUAAAUAAAUCUCCUUUUAACUACG